AUGGAUCCGUUCUCGGCAGCCACCGGCGUCGCCGGACUCAUCUCCCUAGGAAUCGAACUUGGCAAAAGCCUCAAGACUUACUACGAUGACUUCAAGUCGAUGGACGAAGAUAUUACUCUUCACAUUCAGCAUGCAGAUAGACUGCGGGCGUUCGUUGAAAUGCUCAGGAGUCGAUUCGAUGGGCAAAAUGAGGUCGAUCCAGCGCUUUCCAGGUCUCUGCAGGAAUGUUACCAGGCUUGUAAUAUUUGCAUACAGGACUUUGGGGCUUUAAAGACAAAGUUCUCUCGAGACCCAGGACCUAAGCCCAAAGGAAUCCGAAAGCGCUGGGAGGCUGCCCUGGCUCACUUUCACUACCCGCUCCAGAAGAAAAGGUUCGAAGACCUCGAAGCUGAGAUGGAGAAAUUUCGGGUCGACAUUUCACUAAGACUUCAGCUUCUAAACUACGAUGGCACUGUUGAGCUCCGCAAUAAUAUCACCUCUGGAAAUGCUGAAGUUCUUCGUGGAACCGUCGUCACCGUCGUGUUCUGA